AAGUUAGGACAUAAUAUUAGCGUUAGGAUUUAACGAGAUUAUUCAACAAAUUUUUCAACUAAAGUGUUUAGCUUUAAGCCGACAGGAUGUGUCGCGGGAAGCAUAUUAUAUUCUUUGGCUUAUUUUCAUGUUUUUUGACAUUUGUUUCACCAACAAGUGUAUAUGUUCCAAAAGAGAUUAUUGCUGAACUGGGUAAAUCGGUUUCGUUUGGAAUAUUAUUCGUUCCUUUCAAUGACCAGGACGAAGUGUUCAUCUCCAUUUUUAAAAGCAACGGCCUCAAGUCAUCGUUGCUGUCCCUUCAUCAAAACUUUACCGGAGAAUCCGAGUUGAAGCUGUCAAGUUAUUGGACGAACCGUGUGAAAGUUGGCGUUAUAGCAGAGCAGGGAUUGCAAUUCAACCUAUCUGACGUCACUAUAGCAGAUGAAGGAAGAUAUGGAGUAAACGUUCUCGUUAAUAACGUCACCAUGGAAUUUCAGACGCACAUUGAAACAAUUGCUCUUCCGGCAUUUUCUGUUAUAUCUGUAAAAGAACCUGCAGUUGGCGACUUUAAAGAAGGUGACGUAGCGAAUAUAACAUGUUCUGGUGCAGCAGGAAGACCCCUGGGAACCGUAUAUAUAGUUAAACGUAGUCACUCGCCUGUGUUUGUGAAGGUUGAUACGGAGUUGUUGACGAGGAAUUAUAGCCAGUUAUAUAACGGAUCGUAUAUUAUAGACUAUACUUUUAGUCACGUGAUGGAUAGAAGUGAUAAUGAUACAGAAUAUGGUUGCGAGAUACUUCCGGGUAGUCCAUCUUUUAGUUCUCAUCUCUUUUCAUUGAGCAACCUGGUGCCAAUCACAGUUGAUUAUGUUGAAGCUGCUAGGCUCACAAUAUCACCAUCACAGAAUCUACAGGCAGGUGCUACAUCUUUAACAUUACGGUGUUCACCUGUUUCUAAUGCUGUUUAUACUACACUAUACAGUAUAACGAUAAACAAACGUACCAUGGUACAGAAUUCACAAACAACAAACAUGGCAGUAAUAAAUGGGAUAGGUACUAAACCUGGAACAGGAAUAACACCACCUAAAUAUACAGUGACUGGUAAUUAUGAUAUAACCCAGCAACCAACCCAAGGCUUCCUACAAAUUAUUAUUAAUAAUCCUGAUUGUAAUGAUGCUGCUGAAUAUCAGUGUAUAACAGCUGGACAACCUACUAUAGCUACUAAUCCAGGGACGUUACAAGAAGAUAAAAAUGUCACAGUUCAAAGUAAUCCUGUUACGGCAGAAAUGUUCCCAGUUCCAGAAAAAGUACGUUAUAGUGUUGGUGAAAACAUUGAGAUUACUUGUCAAGGAGAUGUUGGAAAUCCUGAAAAAUCCUGGUCCUGGGAAUCGAGAUCAAUUGGUGAUUCCUUCUUUAACCCAAUAAGAGAGAAUAUAACAAAAGGCACAGUUGAUCCACCAACACCAACUCGAUGUGGAUAUUAUUCUAGAAGUAUAUUGAACUAUUACGUUGGUCAAGAUGAUAAUGGUCUGGUAAUCAGAUGUAAGAUUGAUAACUCAGAACUGCACAGUGACAAUAAAACUAUCUUCUUAAUAAACGCUGAAAAUACUGAUUCUCCUCGUCCAAAUACUGGUGAUGAUAGUACAGAUAAUGCUGGUAUGAUCGCAGGAAUAGUUGUUGCUGUUAUUGUUGUUAUUGUCAUUGUUAUUAUUGUCGUCAUUGUGGUUCUGAAGAAAAGAAAACAGACAGCAGGAAAAGAUUAUGAUACACAUGAAGACCGUAUGAAGUCACAAACAAAUCCUCAUAUGACACCUGACACCCUUGAUCAUGAUCGGACACAAAAUAAUUCAGAGGAAGGGACCCGUUGGUUAGCUCCAAUUCAGCAGGAAACAAGAUAUUCCCCAGUAACAGAAGGGAUGCUAGCCCACACCAGCUCCAACUCAGCUCCAUUCUCCAGCUCAUUUCAAUCAAAGGAGGUUCGCGGUAGAGUAAAUAAAUCUAUGGAGGAUUCACCUAACGAUCGAGAUAGACGGCCAUACACCAUUCAGACAAAUGGUGGUCGUACAAACCAAGGUAUGGACCAAAGUUUCGAAUCAGACGAUGCUCCAAGAGAUAUCUACUUAGCCGAAGAUGGUACUGAUAUCAGAGGAUCGAACGCCAUGUUGGGUUCCGCCGUGUAAAACAACAGGACGAAUAUUGCGGUAAAAGAUAAAAGAACUAUUUUAAGAUUUAGCUAGUGAUAAAAUCAAAAUAACGUGUAAAUUGUUUGUAAUUGUCAGGUGUGAAAUAAUUGGGUUGAAGAAUGUGAGUUCAAAGAGAAAAGUAACUAAUUAAUGUGUGUGUAGCUAUGGGUAUUGUAUUUUAAAUGCGAUUAGGGAUAGUUUUGAUUAUUACUGGUGUAGCACACACUGAUAGAUGUUUGAUUUCUAGGAAUAAUUUAUAAUGAUUUGGUUGUGAAUUGUUGUUUUUUGUGAGACCCCUUGAAUUAAUGUGUCAGACAGCUGAAUAUUGACUCCUUUAUCAAUUGCAUAUUAUACACUGUAUAUUGAUCCCCAGUUGUAUUUAGAAUAUGUUGUAAUAACAAAUUAUUUAUCUGAACCUCGCUCCUUCUAGAUAGAAACGAAACAACCACAAAAACACUUGAAAGGGACCUUGUAUUGAGUUAUUCUGAACAUGAAACAGAAUAAUAUCUUAUUUUUGGUCCUGUUCUAUAUAUUUUAUGUUGCUUGAUUUGUACAAUAUCCCAAGGGUUGUAUUAUAUAUCCAAACAGAAAUGUCUUUUUUAUAUAUUUUUGUAAGUUAGCUAGUAGUUCCUUCAAGUUCCCAACAAACUGGUCCCUGUCCAGUAACGUAGCCGGAUUAGCAAGGAGAUACUCUUAUGAGGCUAAAACGCGAAUUUUAAAAGAAAAUCAGAUUUAAAAUCUUUAAAUACAUCACGAUAUAUUAAUGUAUCCAAAUGACAAAUGGAUAUUAAUUCAGAUUUUAUGUCACCUAGUUGGUAUUACGACACAUCGAAGCAAUGUCUGAUCGUUUUGUUGAUCUUGUGUUAUUUCAAAAUAACAUUUGUUUGUCGCCUUUGACGAUAUAAAAUGUCACUAAUAUGUCGCCAUGAUCGAUAUAAAAUGUCACUAAUAUGUCGCCAUGAUAGAUAUAAAAUGUCACUAAUAGUAAUAUGUCGCCAUGAUCGAUAUAAAAUGUCACCAUGUACGAUAUAAAAUGUCACAGAUAUGUCUCCAUUGACAGUACAAAAUAUCACAAAUAUGUUGCCUUCGACAGUACCAAAUGCUACAUGCGUGUCGCCAUGAACAAUAUAAAAUGUCACAAAUGUGUCGCCUUUGAAAUUAUCAAUGUAACACACAUUGUUCAGAUAUUCACAUUAACUGACAUCUGGCUAUGUGGCUGUCUCUUAACAAAAUGCUUUAAAUUGUUGUAGAAUUAUAAUUAAAAAAUAAAAUGAAUUAUUAUCCCCACCUUUAGUCGUUUUAGCAGGGAGUGUGCCGAGUUACCAAUGGUAUCUGAUUAGAGAAUAUCAAAUGCAUAAUAAUAGACUAAAUUCCUUAAUUAAUUCCGGGUCUAAUCAAACCAUUUAAUAGAGGCAGUUAAAAAAAUCCAAUAAUCAUAAAAAGAAGCAAAAGAUGAUUAUGCCCGUUGAAAGAAUCACGGUGGUGAUAUUAAAUCUGGGCUUGUUUAAGAAUAAUAAUCAUUGAAGUGUAAAUAUUAUCCAUCACGUAGCAUUUAAAUUCGUAUUAUUAUUAUUAUUAUUAGUAAUAGUAUUAUAUUAUGUUAUAUCAUACGUGUAAAUCAGGACAAUCAUUUUAUACUAUCAAACAUUCCUAAUUGGUUCGGUUGGUCGAAUUCAUACAAUUUGAAACUUUACAAAGUUUAAAAACCCUAUCGUAUAUUCGAUACAGAAUGUUGGCUCGAUGUGAUUAUACGCUGUGACGAAUAAAAAUAUGCUAUAGCCCCUCAUAUAAGUUUCCAAUUACAUAGAAUUAAUAAUUGUAUGCCUGGCACACUGUCGGGAAAUUGUUUUUGCGAUUUAGUUAGAAUCCGACCAACAUUUGUCUUGUUGGUGGUGCUCAAACGGUUACUGAUUGUUUCUUCGUAGUUUACCGGUUAUCCGGAUAUCCAUUGCUAUUAUUUGGGGAUAACAAAUCAUAAAACAUUUAUUCGUUAACGGUUUAACAUCAUUCCGUUCGUUAGUUGAUGAAUAGGGUAAUUUUUUAAACGGGUUUGAAAAGUUGACUCGGAAAUAGGUUAGCCGUUUGGACACUACCCUUAUGUAUAUUAAAUACUAUAAAUCAUGACAUGAUAAAGAUUUUAAUUAGGGGCUACAACAGUUUUCUCUCAUUGUACAGAGUAUUCUUAUUGUCUAUUUUAAUUGAUUAUAUAGAAAAUUAACAAUAUAAUCACCACGACUGCCGUUUUAUGUUUACCAUUUCUUACAUGUAAAUUCCUUGCAGCGGUUAAUAAAACUACCGUUUUCCUUGGAGUCAUUACAGUUGUUAAUACAAUGGAUUUUCCACUACAAUUCAUUGCAGUUGUUAGACACAUUGCAUAAUUAAAUUGUGUUAAUGCACGUGUUUGUUCCAAUUAGAUAAACUGCAGUUGGUCACACAUAGUUGUUUCACUUAGACACUGCAGUUGGUCACACAUGAAAUGUCCGUUUCACUUAGAUACAUUGCAAUUGUUCACACAUGAAAUUUUUGUUUUUAAUUCAUUUAUUGCACAUGUUUAAAGCCCCUGAUUAAAAUCUGAUAUAAAUAUAUAUCUAUAUUAUAAUACACAUUAUCUAUACAUAUUGUUUUUUUUCUUUAAUAAUUUUUAUUGUUAAUUGUAUAUAUGAUUACUUUCCAUAAUUGUAAAUUUUGAUUUAUUUUUUAUACAUCUGUUUUUUUUCCGUCAUUGUGUUAGAUUGACUCUUGAUUUUUAAAAUCUUCCAUAUUUUAGGUUGCUUUUAUUUGUGUUGAUUAUAAUAGAUGCAUCAUGUAAGGUUUAGAUACAGAACUGACAGUUUUCGCUAUAAUAGGUUCAAAAAAUGUCAUGAAAAUUUCCGUCACAGUCAAAUUACUAUAUUUUGAGACCAUCGUUAAACUCGUAAAUGAAAAUGUCCGAGGUUGUUCUAAUUGUACUAUGGCUCAGAGAGUUGAUUAUGGGUUUAAUAAAUGUUAAUAAAAGAUUAAAUGAUAAUUUGUAUAACAUUUGAAGCCAGAACAAAGACCUGCAAUAGACAGAUUUCGAUCUUACAUACUGCAUCUUUUAUUAUAUAUACUGUGUACAUCAAUAGUAGAUUUAUCUGUAUUUAUGAUUAUAGUAAACAUUACAUACGUGUAUAUAAUCACUACAUAUUGAAAUAUCAUUCAUUUAUUCUUGUAUCCUAUCGGCGUCUAGGGACAAUAGUUCAAAAUUGAAUUCUUUAUUCGGAAUAUUAUUUUAAAGUCAGUAUAUAUAUUUGUACUUAACAUGAAAUCUCUUCCAAAAUUAGACUGACUAUAUGGAUCUGUUGUUAUAAAUAGUCACAGGAGACCCCAUCACAACAGUUCAUGUACAUGUAUCUAACGAAUUAAAGAAAAACUCGCGAAAUCUAUCGAAAUAUUGCACAGCUUAAAUGGAACCAAAUAUUCCGACCUUUCAGUGUAAAUGAAAGAAAACUCGCUGGAAGCUAAAAAAAAAAAAAGAAAUGAAGACAAUCCGUUUCGUUACGCAUAACCGGUAUUAAAAGAAGUUUUAUUAUUUUAUUUGUGUGUAUGUUUUUGUGUUAAGCCAUUUAUCCCUAUGUUAAAAAAACAGAUUUCUUUAUGUUUUUAAAUUCAGGAAUUUUAUUUGCUUUUGAAAUUUGGAACUCAUCCCAAUCUUUUGAUAAAAGUAACAUAAGCAUCCCCAUGUACAGUUGUAGUUUAGUUCCAUAUUGAAAGUGCCUAUAUUUAGAAUUAUUACGUCCAUUUUAAUACGCAAGUUAAACUACUGUAGAGCAAGAGUUGUUUUGAUAUGCAGCAUUAGAGUUGGUUAUUUUAAAGUUGGCCCACUAAACACUAAGCAUGUCUUUGAGAGUAAAUGAAACUGAAUUUGUCUUUGCACGCAACAAUGAAUUCAUUUACUCUUCGAGACAUUCAAAUAGCAAAAUAUUUCGACAUGAUGACAAAUCAGUUGGUUGAUUUAACAUUGUACACAUUUGGACUGCUUAGCACCAAGCAUGUCUUUGAGAGUAUUAAAAUUUGAUAUUUAGGAAAUCAUCUGUGUGGAAUACAUUAAAGACAGUAAUUACAUGUACAGUCACCAUAUGUUCUUGCUUUACGGUACACGUUCUAGUAUCAUUAGUCAUUAUAUAUUUACUUUCUUAAAUAGAAUCAUUAUUUAACAUAAUUUUAAUAUAACCAAUAUAGAUUUAUAUUGCUAAUAUCUUGUACAUUACGUCAUUUAUAUUAAUUACCCAGAUCAGAUGUUUUUCUUUUAUUAAAAAAAAAAUAAUCAAAACAA